AAGAUAAACCCCAAGAAAUCGAGGAUACGAGAUCAACAUUUACGGGGUUAGUCUUGCUACUGCAAUGUUUAGGAAAAUUAAGCCAAGAUGAGGAUAGUAAAAUACGCGAAUGUUUGUUCAAUGAAGAAGUCGUCGCCACGUGCAUUGCGCUCUUGCUCCAAGCCGAUAAGACUCUACCCCGUGUGACGAAAGCCAUAUCAACUUCCGUCUUGGCUUCAAAAUCGCAGAAUGGUGUGGCAGGAUUCUCGUACAUCAAAAGAGACAUCGUAAAGGUGAUUGGGAAUAUGUCAUUUGAAAACAAAACUGUUCAGGACGAGGUGCGCAAGUUAGGAGGCAUUCCCCUGAUCUUAAACCAAUGUAACAUUGAUGAUAACAACCCAUUCAUACGCGAACAAGCAAUAUUUGCACUACGAAAUUUACUGAUCGAUAAUCCCGACAACCAAAAACUUAUUAACGAGCUUAAACCCAUAGAAACUGUUCAAAAUGAUAUUUUAAGAGAGAUCCACGUUAAAACUGAAUUGGGAAAAGAUGGCAAGAUCAACCUGAAGGGAAGAGGACAAAAAUGA